GUCAAAGGUUACAUAUUCAAGAUGUCGGCCUAUGUCAACGAAGUGGAGAGGGUUCCAAAAAAGUAAUGGGUAAAGACAUUCCAGUCUGGAUGACAGAUACCCCUUACAAAGGGGUUCUCAAUACAUGUAUGUAUUUGUGAGUACUCUGUGAUAUAAACUGUCCUCCUCGUAAAGAUGACUCGCCAUGACGUCAUAUAAAAGUCCCCGAGCAGAAAUACUAGCAGGAAGCCGUGUUCGCAGUGGAAGUGCUUUCUCUGAUGAAGGAUCUCAGAAAGAAAGCCCAGUGUCAUCCAGAACAUCUUCACUGAAUUCUUCCAACAUGGAGGGCAACACAGUUGGAGACUCUGCACUAAGAGGUAGAUUGUUGUAUGGGUCCAAUGUAAGCAGGAUGAAAGAGAAAUUUCAGCAAGGGUCCAGGAAACCUGAGGAGGCAAGGUCUCUGUCUGCUAGCAGGGCAAUGACAUCUGAGGGUGAUCGCUCGCCAGAGACCAAAAGGAAGAAAACAUGUGAUGUACAGUCUACCGGCAAUAUGCAGACGGAAAAUAAUCAACCCAACUUGCAUGAUGCUGCAAAUCAUGUACAGAGAUUUAUGUAUACCAGAGCCCUGUUUGCAAAAAUGGAAGAAAAAAGUAGAGCCCCUGUGGAACCUGUCCAACUAACCCGACCAAGAAAAUUGUCCUCCUCUGCGACAGGUCCAUUAUCUCCAGCCCUAUCUCCAGAUCAUACUAAAAGAGCCCCCUCUAAAGAUGCAACAGAGAGAAUUGAUAAAGAAUACCAGGCUCUGGAUUCGAGCAACACAGGUGUAAAAACAAAGUUUGAACAAAAGAGCACACACGCAUUUAGUAACAUGGCUGGAGGACUACUGUGGAAACGAAGGCAGUAUGAAAGUAGAGCUAAUCCAGAAUAUGCCAGAAAAGAGGAUUCAUUGGGAAAACAGAAUGGAGAGAUGGGGAGCAUGCUUCAUCGAGGAUAUGAUCAUUCAAUAUCAUCAAGGGGAAUGGGUGCAAGGAAAAUCCAGUCUGAUGAAAAUUUGUUAUCCAACAGUUCCAAGCAAGACAUAAAUGAACCAGGCACUCUUAGAUCCAGAUCAGAUUCUUUAGAAGCAGCAGGCACUACUCAGCAUUCUUCAUAUGAUGGAGAAAGACCUGUGACAUUACCCCGAAACUAUAAACCUUCUGAAAGUGUUGUAAUGAGACAAAAGAGGUUUGAUAGUGAUGGAAGGAAGGACAGUGCCAAAAGAUUAAGUAAAGAAGAAAUUCAGGCUGCAAUUAACAGAGCCGACUCCUACUUAUCCCACAAAUCAGAGACAAGCAAUGAUUUUCAAUCAAAAAGACGUUCAUGGGAACUGAGAGAACAAAUGUCUGAUAUUUCAGAAGGAAGUCUGUAUGGCUGGACCAAAAGCAAAAAUCAGAAAUUGUCUCGUUCAAUGGACUGUUUAGAAAACAGGAGUAAUGAAUCCUCUAUUAAUUCAGAAUAUAAUAAAGAGAUAAAGUCAGAAUGUGUGGGUCAUAGGGAAGAAGGAAAGUCCCCAUUGGUAGGAGAAAAAAAGAGUGUUUCAUCAUCCUCCAGACAAAUUCCAGGAAAUAAACCUCCCAUACCAAGUAAGCCUAACAUUACACUGAACACAGGAUCUAGUAGUGAUUCCUCUGUUUUGAGUAGUGCACCAGCCCGAAGACAGUCCCCUGUCCCCAAACGAACAGCACCCCCACCCCCUAACAGGACUCCUCCAUCACCCUCUAAAAAUACCCACCCACCACCUCUCUCCCCUACUAGUGAUUUAGUAAAUGAGUUAAAUGAUCAAGGGAAGAGUGAUUCUUUAAAAACAUCCCCUGUCAAUGAAAGUGUUGAGAAAAGGGUCAUUAGUGAAGCAAAGUUGGACUUAAAAAGUGUGAAUUCUCAUGAUAGUGCACCGCAUGUAAUUGACAAUGAAAGUGAAAGGCCUUACCAAAAUGUCACCAGUUCAAAAUCAGGUAUGCUUGAAUCUACUUCAUAUUAUCACUCAGAAAGAGACCAAAGGACUACAUCGCCAAAAGACAUUGAAGGAGAGAUUGUGCCAAAGGAGUCUACACUGGUUAAUCAGUCUGCCCACUCACCAUCUUCUGUGAUAUCCAACAAAGGAGUUGACAGUGACUCAGAUCUCUAUGAACCUGUGAUUCCAAAGUGCCACUUGCCACCCCCACCCCCUUAUCCUAACCCCCCUCCCCCACCAUAUCAGAGCCAUGUUUCUCCACCCAGUUCGGGUAACUAUUCCACUUCCCUGCCUUCCAUGGUAGACCAGCUUCCUGCCUCACAUCACUACGAGAAUGUGAAAUCCUCUACUUACGUUAAUGAUGAGAACUGUCAGGAAUUGCGGAACGGGGAGUCCACGCCACCAGUGAAGAAGCGCCCCACGGAUGUGCUGACAGAGGACUCCAACAAAUAUACAAGAACAGGCUCUAGGAGUGGUGUGUACUCAGAUGCCAAGACCGAGAUCCCUCCCAGAGAGGCAGGGGAUGGCCACGAGGAACCGGACACUGUCCACUCAGACAACCAGGCUGAAUUCCAUGAUUAUGUCAGUGUCUCGCAUGACUUCAUAGAGAUAGAGGGUCUGGACAGCACAGAUGAAUCGUCGGAUGAAGAACAAGACUACAAGAAAACAACUAAAGUCAAGUUCAGCAGGGCCCCAAUCAAGCUUUUUCACACAUUUUCUACUGAUGAAUAUGAUAGACGAAAUGAGGAUGUUGACCCAGUUGCAGCCUCAGCAGAGUAUGAAUUAGAGAAAAGAGUUGAGAAAAUGGAUGUAUUUCCAGUUGAUCUAAUCAAAGGUCCAGAGGGGUUAGGCCUCAGUAUCAUUGGUAUGGGAGUAGGUGCUGAUGCAGGGUUAGAAAAACUGGGAAUAUUUAUAAAGACCCUGACAGAAGGAGGCGCUGCUCAGAGGGACACAAGAAUUCAGGUGAAUGAUCAGAUUAUUGAGGUAGAUGGUAAGAGUUUGGUGGGUGUAACACAAGCUUAUGCUGCCUCUGUGCUGAGGAACACAAGUGGAAAAGUGCAAUUUAUGAUUGGGAGAGAAAAGGACCCGAGUAGAAGUGAAGUGGCUCGUUUGAUCCAGCAGUCUCUGGAACAGGAUCGCAAAAGAGAGGAAAUGAAGAAAAUGGAACAAGAUAAACUCCACCGUCAACUAGAGGAACAGUUCCAUCCUCGAGACGAGGUCAUGGAGCAUGAGCACAUGAGGCGGGUAUCGGAGACCGGCCGAGAACUGGAUGAGACAGAUGAGGAGGAGGAAGAGGAGGAGGAAGAAUACGAAGAAGAUCAGGUGGUGGAUGAUGACAAGGACAUUGAUGAAUCUGAGAAUACAGAAGAAGACAAUCAGAACAAUCACUCAGAACAGGAUAGCUCAGCAAUGGAUAUCCUGGAGACUGCAGCAGGGGAUAGCACCCCACUAAUGAUGCCCCCUGACCUGGAGGGAGAAAGCCCUACUGACUCCCCCGAGGAGAAGCCAAACAUGGAGGUGUUCGACCUACAAGAGAGUAGUAGCGAGUCCAUAUCUCCUGAUAUGGAGUCUCAGGCUUUGUUUAUUAAACUCAAAGAGGCCCAGUAUAAGAAUGCUGUAACUGAAGCAGAACUGGCUAAAGUGAAAGCCAAAAUUAUCAUGCUGGAAUCUGCCGAAAAUCAGAAAAAAGAAACGGAGAAGAAAUGUGAGCAGAUGGCCCACAGACUGAGGGAUAUGGAGAAGAAAUUGGAGAGUAAUCGCAAAGAGAUUAACCAUUAUCAGGAUUUAUUGGAGGGAUCUCAAGGCCAGUAUAUUGCAUUAGAAAGAAAAAUGAAAGGAGAAUUUGCAGGUUUAGAGAAGAAGUAUCACAAAGCCAAGAAAUUGAUAAAAGAUUAUCAACAGAGGGAAAAGGACUUUAUUCAGGAAAGAGAAUCCCUCUUACAGCAGCAAGCAGAGAAAAAUCAACAAUAUGAUGAUUUAGUCAAGUCCCUCAAAGACAGAAUCUUUGAGUUGGAGAAGGAGCUUGGGGAGGUUCAGAAGGUAGCAGGACUACCUGUACUUGUCCCCAGCAGCCAGCAACCACUGCCAUCCCCAACAAUUCAGCCCAAACUUGUGCAAAAAGUUGAAGCCUCUCCAUUAAAUGAAUCAAUAUCAUCCAGUUCUGAUGCAUCACCCAGUAAUAGAACAGAGAAUGGUCUGGAUGAUGAUAGUUCCUCAGUGGACAGCUUUAGAGAUGCUGUCCCUCACACCUCAUUACUGGACACUUCAGCCAAUCGUGACAAAGGUCAACUGGCCGCUGCUGGUAACAGGGCCAGAAGACCCCCUACAAAACGCAAUAUUAAGGGUUCUGAAGGUGAGACUGUAGAGGAAGAACUGGAUGAAAGUGGAUUAGAAACUUGGAUCAAACAUGAUAGCGACAGUACAGUCAAGAAAAGUGAUGCAAAAAAGAGAAAAGCUCAGCAGAAGAAUUUAUUACAACCCCCCAAUAUACCGCCCCCUCCCCCACCUCCCCAGGGGCCCGACAGUGAUUCUGUCAGUGACCAGUCCCACUCCAGGCAGGACAGUGAAAAUGAGGAUUCCUCCUCAACUGUGUCCCAGACUUCCUAUGACCCCUCUCAGCCGAUGUUUAAAAAUAUGCAGUCAGAAAUCCCAGACUCCCUACCUGAAGUGACAGAGAUCCCCUCCAUAGGCAGUGCAGGAAAAAGUAAAGGCCUAGGUUUGUCCAAACUGUUAAAAUUUGGUAAGAGUGGAAGUAGUGCAGAAAACACUGGUGUGGUUUUGUUGUCCAAUCGUUCUCUAAAUAAGGAUCAGUCAAGCUCGGGAGAGGAAGGGGGCAUAACUUUAAUAUCCAAACGUCCUCUGGAUAUGUCAACAGAGUCACUGGAUGUCAGGAGUUCAUCUCCCAAAUCUUUACCAGGUGUCAGUACAACAAGUGAUGUUUCCUCUUCAUAUAUGGUGCAAGAAUAUGAUGACGAAGACGGCAAGAAGACAUUUUUCUCCCUAAAUAUCUCAGGAACACCAGCCCAUGAUGACAAAUCUUCCAGUAAAAGACAAGUCAAUCAGUUUCAGUCUGGGUCCAUUUCGGAGUGGUCAGUGGAAAAUGUAGCCCACUGGUUAAUGCUUCUCGAGUUAGAAAAAUAUAUUCCUCUCUUUGCUGAGAAAAAUAUAACAGGACCUCAACUUAUUCAACUAGAUGGCACAAAGUUAAAGACAAUGGGCAUUGCUAGUAGUAAAGAUAGAGACUUACUGAAAAAGAAAAUUAAAGAAAUUAAAACAGGGAUGGAGAAGGAAAAGAAAAUUCAGGAGAAAGAAAGGAAAGCCAAAGAAAAAGAACAGAAAAAGCAACUUCAGAAGAAAAAAUGAGGACAGUAGUCCAUAGGAAUUAACUAUCGAUGUUGUGAAACUCUCAUCACAGGAUAUUCUGAUAUAGUGCUCUUCUAUCUACACAACUUGGUGAUGUCUCGGCAAAUACAUGAACAUGUAGUAUCCCAAAUCAUCUGACAAUUCAUUAAGUGUAAUACAGAAUUGAGAUAUUUUGUAUAUUGAUGUUUAUUGUGGAGAGAAGCUGAGUCCAUUUUUAGAAAAAAAUAUAAGGUUAGUAAGACAAGGUAGAGUUAAAGUUUUUUAUAGGAGGUUGACUCUUUGAAUGCAAUAAUUCCUGUAAGGUCAGUGAUACUUUUACAUGAACAAACUGAAGUGUUCAGACUGAGAAAAGACAGUGGUGUCAAGUCACAAAGUGUUGUCUACAUGCAAACAAAAGGGGUUGUUUUAACUGUUUUGUUGUUGUGAUUGGAAGAAUGAAGUAUUUUAUGUAUAAUUUACUGUGUACAAUAUGAUUGGUUGAUGUUUCAUCUUUUAUUUCCAUAUACUUUAUAUAUCAAACAAGACGAUUGGUUUGUCAUUUUUCUCUUGUAUUUUAUGAUUGGCUGAAAAACUGCCAUAUUGAUUGUCUCCCUAUCAUGAUUUUUUUUUUAAAUUCAUAAAUCUAAACAUGACUUUAGGAAGCUGAUGUCCUAGUUUCCUGUUUUCUAACAGGGUAUAUACUUGUAUAUAUAGCCAUGUUCAGAACAUUUGUCUCAGAGUUAACAGACCAGAUCAUAAUGGCCAAGAAAGGUGUUGAUGAGAACUACUGUAUAUCAUAUCACACACAUGUAACACCACCUAGAUCUACAGUAUGUGUAAGCUAUGGUUGUUAUCAAACAUGUAUAUCCCACCAUAUCUUUUUUUUUUAACGUGUAAAAUAUAUACUAGAGGUUGUUAAAUGUAUAUCAGAAAUAUAUUCAACUCGCGCUAUUGUUUGCGAUAUAUAUUAAGUAUUUGAUAUCUAUGUACAUGUAUAAUCAUAUUGUCAAAGACAAUACCAAGUAAACAUUCCAGAAACAUACUAACUCCAUUCAUCUAUGAAGUUACUCUCUGUGACAGUGAUUUUUCCCUCUUUUUCUGCAUUGUUGUUGGCAAAUUUUCAUCCAAGAAAACAUUAGCAUGUUACAUCAGCAUAACACCAGUGUGUUUUAUAACCUGGAAGGGAAAUUGGGGAGGUUAGUCAGGGGAUGUAUUUCUGACAGGGAGAACUUGGAUAUUCUGAUGCCAAUGAGAUUUAUAGGGAAUUUUAAUAGAAAAUCAAAAUUUGACUGCCAGUAUGGUUUAUUUAAGUGUGGAUUAAGAUUUUUUUUAUUAAUCUCACUGUAGCUUAUGGAAGACAAAUUUAUAUAUCUAUAUAUACAUGUAAAAAAAAGAAUACUCUCAGACUGUCACGAAAAACAUUUUUUCUGUGAAAACGUGGCACUUUUUAAUUGAAUGAAAAUACCUUUGAUAUUGGUGCUGAAAAUUUUUAGACAAGUAAAUUUAGACAUUUUUAAUGCCCCUCUAGUGAGUUUUCCCCCCCAAUUAGGUUUUUUCUGAAUUAAUUUCAUAGUACAUAUUCUAAUGAAAGUGAUCCUGAUGUUGUGAGUCAUUUGUCGUUUUCGUUUAUUAUUUUUUGUUUGGAAAGGUAACAGUUACUUCCUUUCCAUGACUCUGUUUUUCUGAGUUCAAACAAAUGAUUCACUUUCACAUAACUGGAUUAUUCAUGUCAGCUUUUUGCAGAUUUCAUUCAGAAUAUUAUUUUAGGGACCAUUUGAAAGAAGAAUUGUAGCAAGAGUAUUGUGUUUGAAUAGGUAUUCCAGUACACACUUACGUCAAUCAUAGACUAGAAAAUAAAUGGCCAGUUUGUAUGUUUGAAAAUUUUAAAUAGCCUGAAUAAACAAGGAGUUUUGGGCAUUGAUUAAGAUGAGUAUAACAAUUGAGGACCAAAUAAAUCAUUUGCACCGUUGCAGUGCUGUUCAACAUGCAAAUAUGAAAAGUGGUGUUCAAAACUUAAAUUACAAAAUUCUGAAGGAAAAAUCUUGUUUUAUUCAGCUCUGUUAUUUUCUUUUGAUAAAUUAGAUAAUUUGAAGAAAAAUGUUUACGAUGUCAUAGAAAUGUAUUUUUUUCCGAUGUCUCCCUUUCAGUCUGCCAAGUCCCAAUGGACUGGUGCUCAUCUGUGACAAAUUGGUGCAUAUAAAAUUGUUGCUGGAAAUUCAUUUUGGUAGAUUGUUGAAAUAUUUUAUUUAUACAUGUAUACACUGUAUUUAUACACCUAUAUAUAUAUAUAUGUAUUAGUGUUUACUUUUCAAUUGAAGGUUGUGUACAUCUGUAGGAGAUGAAGUUUUGAGCAGUAUCAGAUAUAUAUAUCAUAAAUUUGCUUUCCCUGCAUCUGAUGUGUUGAAAAAUACUGCAUACAGAGUGGGUUUUUUUCAUCUUUUUUUUUUUUUUUGAACAUGUUUUGCAAGAUGUAAAAAACAUUUAUAGAUACAUCAAAAUAUUUCCGCAAUGUACUAUUUGAAACCUAAGUGCUUUUUCUCAGCAAAAGAAUUUUCCACUAAAUCAAAUACAUGUAUAAAUAAAACCAUAUUUUAUUGGAUUGUUUACUAAUGUAGAGCAAUAAGCUUUGGCAUAUCUAAUCUUUAGUAUAAAUACGUCAUUAAAGUUAAAUUUGCUUGCUUUAAUUACAUGUAUUUAACAGCUGUAGUUCCUCAGUUGAGCUUGAAAAGUAUUAACAAAUACAUAUACAUCUGUAUCUUAUACAAGGAAAUAGGAUAAAGACUUUAUAUUCCCCCAAAAUCAUUCAGUACAUUUACAGUGAGUUGAAAAUAUUUAUGUAAGCAAUAUGUAUUCACUCUUUCUUGAUUUUAGGUUGUACAAAAUAUGUAUGAAAUUUACCAACAUGUUUAUGACCUGAUGUUUGAUAAAUUUUCAACAGUGGGUUAAAAUGAUUUGAAUUUUGAAGUUUUUAAAUGUAGAAAUGACAUGCAGAGGACAGUAUGUAAACAGAUAGGGAUAGGAUAAAAAAGGAAAUAAAAAAGGUUUUUGGCCAGAUAUUAUUUGGAUAUGACAUAAAUUGAAUCAUAUUGAACUACUUGGUACAGUAUAGAUAUUUAUAGACUGAGAGAAAAAAAAUCAGAUUGUGAAGAGGUGUAACUAAAAUAUUUAUUUUGGUCAAUAAGAAUAUAAGGGAGAUGACUCUGGUAUAAACAUGUUGGUUGUUUAUCAUAAUUCUAUAAAUUAAACGUAUAUUAUUGUAGUAGAGAGCACUUGUGUAUCUUCACACCUGUUUGUCAUCCACUCUCUGUUGUUCUACUUGAUGAAGAAGCUGUUAUUAAGAAUGUCCAUUGGUCAUAAUACAAAGUUAUCAAAAAUAUGCUGGAAAGUAAUCAUCUCUUAUAUCUGUCCAAAUGUUUUGGGAAAAUAUAAGAAGCAAUAUGCAAUCCUUCUUGAGUUCUUUCUUCUUUAUCUGGUAUCAGCUCGUUAAUUUGAUGAACAAAAUUUCAGUGCAAUUUACUUUCUUUGUUCUUUUAACACAAAAUGUUCAAUCAUUAAUCAAACAAUAUCAUACUACAAUCUAUGUGUCCGAUGGAUGAAUGGUGUAAUUCAAUGUGAUAAAAAAAUAAAUAUAUUUAUACAAGUACA